UCCUUGCUCAGGCUAAGUUCGGCUGCUUGUACAGUACAAUGCUACCGGAGUGAAGUCAGUAGACUGUGGGAUAGCGAGAGCAGCGUGAAGAGGAGCAAACUGUAGCAGUUUGGAGUUAUAAAUAUUGACAUUCGUGCUGCAUGAGGAAGGAAGUCCAGAUGUGUCAAACUCUGUUUUAGAAUAGUGAGUGCGAACAGCAGAGCUCCUCGCUUGUGUGUUACGGCGUUUGCCCUCUUGACACAUUUGUAUCAGUCGGAUUAAGGCAGGGGAAAGGGGGCGGGGGAAUCUCCUGGUAGUUCUAUUUGUAUUUGUUUUAAAGAAAUAGUUUGUUUUGUUAUUGGGGGAAUGCAGUUGUUUGAGAACCGCUGUUCGGGUUGAACAUGUGGAAAAUGGCACCUUUGACAUGUCCCGGUGGAAAGAUGAUUCGGAAGCAAUGAGCUGCCCUUACCAUGGCCAAUGGAACCGGUCCGAAGAGUAUGUUAAAGUGCGUGGUGAUCGGUGACGGAGCGGUGGGCAAAACUUGUCUGUUGAUGAGUUACGCUAACGAUGCUUUUCCUGAAGAAUACGUGCCAACUGUGUUCGACCAUUAUGCGGUCACUGUCACAGUGGGAGGUAAACAAUAUCUCCUUGGACUUUAUGAUACUGCAGGACAGGAAGAUUAUGACCGCCUGAGACCUUUGUCUUAUCCAAUGACUGAUGUCUUCUUGAUCUGCUUCUCGGUUGUGAAUCCAGCGUCAUUUCAGAAUGUGAGGGAAGAGUGGGUCCCUGAACUUAAAGAAUAUGCACCAAAUGUUCCAUUCCUGUUAGUUGGAACACAGAUUGACCUUCGCGAUGACCCAAGAACUUUAACUAGGCUAAACACCUUGAAGGAAAAGCCUGUGUCUACAGAACAAGGAGAGAAAUUGGCAAAGGGGAUUGGGGCAUAUUGCUAUGUGGAGUGUUCAGCAUUAACACAAAAAGGACUGAAGACUGUUUUUGAUGAAGCCAUAAUAGCUAUUCUAACUCCAAAGAAAAAUGUUUUGAAAAAAAGACUUGGAUCAAGAUGUAUAAACUGUUGUAUGAUCACAUGA